AUGUCCGCCAAAAAUGUACAGGCCGGUAACGGCAAUAAGAAGGCCUCGCCCGCCGUAAACCUCAUCGCUGGUGGUGGUGCUGGUAUGAUGGAGGCUCUCGUCUGCCACCCUCUCGACACCAUCAAGGUCCGCAUGCAACUCUCAAGGAGAGCGACGGCCCCUGGAGCCAAGCCCCGUGGAUUCAUCAAGACCGGUGCCGAUAUCGUGCGCAAGGAGACUGCAAUGGGUCUGUACAAGGGUCUGGGUGCCGUGCUGGGAGGUAUUAUCCCGAAGAUGGCCAUCCGUUUCACCUCGUACGAGUCGUACAAGGGCAUGCUGGCCAAUCCCGAGACUGGCCAUGUCACCAGCAAAGCCACUUUCCUGGCUGGUCUCGCUGCCGGUGUCACCGAAGCCGUGGCCGUUGUCAACCCCAUGGAAGUCGUCAAGAUCCGUCUGCAAGCGCAACAUCACAGUCUGGCCGAUCCCCUCGACACCCCCAAGUACCGCAGCGCCCCGCACGCCCUCUUCACCGUGAUCAAGGAGGAAGGAUUCAGCGCGCUGUAUCGUGGUGUCUCCCUGACCGCGCUGCGACAAGGAACCAACCAGGCUGCCAACUUCACCGCGUAUACUGAGCUUAAGGCCGCCCUGCAGCGCAUGCAGCCCGAAUACAGCAACACCCAGCUGCCUUCCUACCAAACCACUGUCAUCGGUCUCAUCUCCGGUGCCGUCGGCCCCUUCUCCAACGCCCCCAUCGAUACCAUCAAGACCCGCCUCCAGAAGACCCGCGCUGAGCCCGGCCAAUCUGCCGUCUCUCGCAUUCUGGUCAUUGCAAAGGACAUGUUCAAGCAAGAAGGCACCCGCGCCUUCUACAAGGGUAUCACCCCGCGUGUUAUGCGUGUGGCCCCUGGUCAGGCCGUGACAUUCACCGUGUAUGAGUUCCUGAAGGGUAAGCUGGAGGCAUCCAACUGGGCCUUUGUGGGUGGCAAGUUCGAGGAGUAA